AUGACCAUAAAGGAGAUGCUUAUGACGCGUUGGGUCCCUUCUCGCGAAAAGAGAGAGAUUCUGACAGCUCAAGAAUACCUAAACAAUGUGGAACUUGUCUGCAUGCUUGAUCUCGCACGACUUGAAAAGAUUGUCAUCGGCAGCCCUUCCAUACUCACCAUCAACGACUGGCAUAGAUUUUCGGGCAAGAUAUUUCGACACUGGGAUACCAGCCUCGAUACAAAGGAGAAUGAAAACCUCACAUUUUAUGAAUCUCUUCCUGCAGAGCAUUCUGUCAAGGUUGGAUCAACCACGAACCUGUCUAGUGUGUCAGUCUAUGCCUAUCUCACUAUCAUCAGUGUUGUCGUUGAACCCAACCGGCUCAAUCUGUCAUGGAACGAUUGCAUGGGGCGUUAUAUAGCCCAUACCGACAUUAAAUUUGAUUGCUCGAUGGAAGAAUGUCUCAACUUGGCCAUACCCCAAUAUGACCAUUCCGUGGCAGAUCGUGUCAACCGGUACAACGAGCGCGCUAUCAUUGCUACUGCUCGUCGUCGGAUCGUCAAUUUUCCCAGGCAGGGCACCGAAUCUGCACCAUUUCUUCAUACCUGGGACAAGGUACCUCCUAUAAAGCCGCUCAUAUUUGCCGCUAUUAAUCCCGAUCAACGGUGGAACCUAAUCCGUAACACGGUGGAGCAAUUGCGAAGACCUCAAAAGCUAGGAGCCAAAAUGUCCUCACUAUAG